GUAACUGAGCAAGAUUAAUCCGGACAGCAGAACAUUUCUGUCUGUUCUUUGUAGCAUUCACCAGAGAUUGAAACCCUUUUAGACUCCACCAUGUGCAACUGACACAGGAGCAGUGAACAGCAGGCAAUACUGAAAAGUGGGAUGCAAAGGCACUUCAUGCGGCAGGACACGUAAAAACCAAAAGAUCAACAUAAAGCUACAACAGAUGGAGAAGAAAGUAAUAUUAUACAAAUUCAAUGAAACAGCAGUGAACCAACACCUUGCUUUAAAGCAGGAACACCAAACGGUCACAGGAAGAAUGGGAUUGUCACUCUUUGAAGAGUAGAGCCAUAUACUUGGCUGACAUCUGAAGUUUCAGAAAACCCUCACGCCUCUGAAGAAAAUCAGUCCUCAUAUUCCAGUGGCACCAGGGUAUGUUCAGUCAUUGUCUAAAACAUUAAAAGAUUCUCCGAUCAAGAGGGAGACAAAGUGAUGGCUUUUCAACCUCCAUUGAAAUGAUAAUGAUGAUGAAAUAGCAAUAUUUUUGUCUCAUUGGUACUGGCCAUAAUCAGUGGCAGAAGCAUUUAGACCUAGACUUCCUGCAGUAAGAAACUAACAAAUGCAAGUUUGGGAAGGAUCUUCUAAGAAGUGAGCCCAUGUGGAACUAAAGUAAAACUUGAUUCAUCGAGGAGCAACCAAUGCAUUGGGGAUGCUUUUUUAAAGGGGAACUUCUGCUUGCCAGCUUUGACAGACUUUUUUUGAGGAAUGAUGAAGAAGUUCUUGUUUUUUAGAUACACCCUGUGAACCUUAUUGAUGGCUGUAGCAAAUUUAUCUGUUCACAACAAGAGUUUGAGUGGUCACCUCGGCACAACACAAAGUGUUAAAUGGCAGGUACAACACCAUAUGGAUGAGAAGGAGCAAGAAGACGAGCAAAAUAUCUUACUCUCACCAUUUGAGAAAGUUAUUUAUGACAUGAAGAAUAGCAAGAAAGUAAAAAAUGAACUGAUGCUUGGAAAAAGGAUUGGAUUUUACCAGCUCCGUGGAGAAAUUGGUACUGGGAACUUCUCCAAAGUGAAGCUUGGAAUACACUGCUUAACAAAAGACAAGGUAGCAAUUAAAAUCAUGAAUAAAAAGCAAGUAACCCAGAAGUCACAACAACUGUUCAUAAAUGAAAUUCUGUGUAUGGAGCAACUUCAUCAUCCAAAUAUCAUCCGGCUGUAUGAGAUGCUGGAAACACAAUCCCGACUGUACCUGGUCUUGGAGUAUGCAGAUGGAGGGGAUCUUUUCACCAAGAUCUCCACAAAUGGACGUCUCUCAGAAUAUGAGAGUAAAUUUAUAUUUAUUCAGAUUGUAUCGGCUGUUAAACACAUGCAUGACAACAAUGUGAUCCAUCGGGAUCUCAAAGCAGAAAAUGUGCUGUACUCAGCUGCUAAUUGUGUGAAGUUGGGUGACUUUGGCUUCAGUGCUGUGUGUCCUUUGUCGGAACUCUUAAACACUUCGUGCGGCUCUCCUCCAUAUGCAGCGCCAGAACUCUUUAAAGAAAAUAGCUACUUUGGAAUUCACGUGGACAUCUGGGCUCUGGGCAUCCUACUGUACUUCAUGGUGACGGCAACCUUGCCUUUCCAUGCGGAAACCGUCAGGAAGCUGAAAAAGUGCAUUUUACUCGGGUCGUACACAAUUCCAGCCUAUGUAUCAGAUCCCUGCCAGAAACUAAUUCAUGGAAUUCUUCAAACCAAUCCAAUAAACCGCUUCACCCUGGCCAACAUCCUGGACAGUCCAUGGCUGAAGGGAAUGGAAUGUCCUGAGCCAUACCAACCAUUCCACUUGAAUCCGGCACACCUAGCCAGUUCUCUCUCUCUAAGCGAAGAGGAAAAGGAGGUGAAGAAUGCAUUGAGGCACCUGGGAAUCACGGAGGAGCACAUCUGCAAUAAUCCUCAUUGGGACUGUCACAGUCCCAUCACUGGGAUUUACCGUAUCCUUCACCACCGGAGCCAGAAGAGGCGCUAUUCAGAGGGUCCUGCCAUGAUAAACAAUUGUCCUGCAAAAGCCAGGCUGAAUGAAAACAGGAAGAAGCGUCCCAAAGCAAACUGGAAAGCAUAACGUAGAUAAACAGGAGGCUAGAAGAACACAGCAAGCCAGGCAGCAUCUGGAGGAAAGGAGGAGUCAACAUUUCGGGUAUUACCUUUCUUCAGGCUUGUUACAUUGUUACAAUGGGUGACUGGUAAAACAACAAGACAUUGGGACGUAGGCAGUUUCAAGUGUAAACUUGAUUCUGAUCAAUUGUUGGAUAUCUGUGGGAUCAUUCAGAAGCAUUCAGAAGGAUAACUGAUAAGUCAUUUCUAGCAAAAAGACCUUAAAAGGUGACCUAAAUAUUGCCAGCCUUCAAACAGUCAGGCCAAUACACCAUGGGCAGUAGGUUACUUUUAACACUGCGGUCAUGAAACUGACAAAAACACAGAACUUGACAUUGAUCUACUGUACUGCAAUAUCAGAACUUUUCCUGACAGCUAGACAUUGAAAGAAUAGACCAGAGUACUGUUUUGAUAAUGUGAAUACUGACUUGCUCUGAUAUUACUAUGACAGGUCCAGGCUGGCUGGCCUGAAUUAUAUGACAGUCAAAGAGGAGAGUCUGAAGCACCUCACACCAGUGGGAAUCUCAACACCCUGGGAAAGCCACAUGACCACUUCUCCUACUUUUCUCUAGUUUGCCAAAAGACUGUAAAGUCUCCUCUCCUGGCCUUUCUGUGACUUAGAAUGAAUUGAGAGAUAUUGGCAAUGUUGUCAAUUCGAGCCCAGAAGGAUCCCAAGUUUUAGACAUUUUGGAGCCAGUGAUCUCCAGUUUUAUCUUUGCCCUGUUCUAUCACUGUAGGUCUGAUUGAAGGAGGUGGCACAGUUCAACAAACACUGCUGUGCUGAAUCACAGAAACCCUUGAUACAGCUUCUAGCUAAGGUAAAGGUAGGAGAAAUUCUCCUUGAGGAUCCUUGGUGGACACAGCCUUCUAUUGAGAGCUUUCCUUUUCCUCCUUCACUGCUUUGCUUCUUCUCUGCACUGCCUGUGCUUCAUCUCCCUGUCAUACUGCACCCCAAAAGGGAUUGUAAAUAAUGCUCUUAUGAAACAGUGCAGGUUUUCUGCUCAUGGCCCUACCAGAGAAGGGGCAAACCUUGACCUCCUCUUUAGAAAUAAGGGAGGGCAAGUGACUGAGGUGUUAGUGAGGGAGCAAUUUGGGACCAGUGACCAUACUUCUAUUAGUUUUAAGGUAGUUAUGGAAAGGGACAGGUCUGGUCCACAAAUUGGAAGUUCUAGAUUAGGGCAAGGCCAAUUUUGAUGGUAUUGGAGAGGAACUUUCAAAAGUCAUUUGGGGAAGACUGUCUUUAGGUAAGAUGUCUGGCAUGUGGUGGGCUCUCAAAAGCAAGAUAAGGAGAGCUCAGGGCCAACAUGUUCCUGCUAGUCUGAGGAGCAAGGCUGUGGCAGAAGAAAGGGGCACUGGAUGAUUAGAAAGAUUAAGACUUUAGUCAAAAAAAAAGGAGGCAUAUAUAAAGUAUAGGCAGCUGGGAUCAAGAGAAUCUCUUCAGGACUAUAGACAGUGCAAGAGUACACUUAACAAGGAAAUCAGGAGGGCAAAAAGGGGACAUAGUUUUGACAGGCAAGGUAAAGGUCAAUCUAAAGAGAUUCUACAAAUGUGCUAACAGCAAAAGAGUAAAGGAACAGAAUAAAGCCCCUAAAUCAUGAAGGGCAUAGAUAAGGUCAAUGGCCAAGGUCUUUUCUCCAGGGUAGGGGAUCCAAAUCUAGAGGACACAUUUUCAAGGUGAGAGGAUAAAGAUGUAAAAGGGAAAUGAGGGGCAACUUUUUCACACAGAGGGUGAUGCAUAUAUGGAAUGGGCUGCCAGCAGAAGUGAUAGAGGUGGGUACAAUCAACAUUUACAAGACAUUUGUACAGGUACAUAGAUAGGAAAGAUUUAGAGAUACGGGCUAAGCACAGGCAAAUGGGACUGGAUCAGUUUAGGAAAUCUGGUCAGCAUAGAUGCAUUGGGCCGAAUGGCCAGUUUCUGUGCUGUAUGACUGUGAUUAAUUGAAUUAGCUGAAAAAGAUGAUGAAACCCAAUCUGAUGAAAGUUAACAGCCUUAACUAUAGCAAUAGUGCAGUUCUAAGAACACAAUUGGUUUAUCUUCAUUGAAGCCAAGGCAUGACAGAGUAAGGGGCUGAGUUUGGGUGGGAUGCUCUUCACAGCAUUGCUGUAGACAUGAUGGGCCGAUGGCCUCUUUCUGCACUGUAGGGAUUCUAUGAUUUUCCAACACACUAUUGAAUGAAGAUAAUUUUAUUAUGGACAAAAUCUCCAUUUGGAUGGCACCACAGCUACAACAUCUCAGUCUCAAACAAAUUCAAAUGCAGAGAUUAGCAAUAUCAACAAAAUUAAAGGCUGAUCUGUAGACUGUCUUGAGGGAGCAAAUCUGUUCCUGAACGCAUUGCUUGAGGUGUGCUUACUAUUUCUUGCCAUUACUUUCUGAGUAUGCCCCAACAGCACUGGACAUUUAUAGAUAACAAGGUGUAGAGCUGGAUGAACACGGCAGGCCAAGCAGCAUCAGAGGAGAAGGAAAGCUGAGGUUUCAUUUCGAGACCUUUCUUCAGAAAAACUGGACAUUUGUGUGCUGUUUAAUCUCUUGACAAAGACCUCGAGCAGACCAUGUGAAAACAAUGCUUUGUUAUUUUUGAUUACUGCAUUGCGUACUGUUCUAUGAUCUUGGUAUCCACAAUGCACCUUCAACAGGUGCAGACGAGUUGUAAGGAAUACAGGCCAGCUUUAAGUAGUGCUAGACUACAAAUGUAAUGGGGUUAUUGCUUACAAUGAGCAUGCGGCACAACAUAUUAUAUUUGCAUUCCAUUUAUUGAGUUUGGGUUCAUUACAAUCCCUGAUUGGAGUAAAUCAAAUUAACCCCCAUAGAGGCCAGACAAAAUUAGAAAGUAGGGAUAAAAAUAUUUAAGUACAAUUCCAGAAAAGCUAGAAAAUGAAUGUUUUUAAAAUGCAUUUCUGAAAGAUGGAGUGCAUGUUGAAAAUUUAAUUGAAUUCAGUUGAAAUACAGUAAACUCAAAAGCAGAUUGUUUUAGCACUAAUGUUUAUCUCCAAACUGAAAUAAAGGAAAGCAGUAGUAUUUGGCAUAAAUAGAUGAAGUAAAUGUUUUGUUACUUAAGAGUGAACAAGAUGAUGAUAAUUAAAGAAGACAACAGUGUGGAUGGUGUCAACAGCCAAAGAAACUAGCUUUUCAGCACCAGUCAGGCACCAAAGCUACAUGCACGUACCUAUUAAGGGAAGAAGUUUUAUGUUUAUUUAUGUUUUAAUUUUGGAAGUAGUCUAGAUUUUUCUGUGUUAUUUUGAAUGUAAACUGUAAGCUAACCUUGCUAACUGUAUUACAAUUCUGGAUAUUGAACAUUGCUCUGUACUUAUGUCCACAAUUAAAUAAAUCUGCUAAGACUAAGAUA